GAAGUAGGUUAGAAGAAGCCACAGCUAGCUGCUUGCUGUUGCUUACAAGGAAGAAGCGCAGCGUGUGGAACUGUUAGCAUUAAAUCUACGAAAGGAGGCGCCCUUAAUUGUUUUAAAAGGAAUUGGAGGCGGAUGGACUAAGUUUCGGAUUGGAACUAGGAUUAAGAUAAGGACAACUUCCACAGCUAUUUCUGAAAGAAAGAAGUGAUCUUAAAGUCUCCAGGUGCCCCCAUUCUGUGUCAGCAGUGCUACUUACUCAACCACCAUGUCGGAUGGCCGGAUCUAUGUGGGGAAUCUUCCUGUGGAUGUCCAGGAGAGAGACAUUGAGGAUCUCUUCUACAAAUAUGGAAAAAUCCGUGACAUUGAAUUGAAGAACAAUAGAGGCACUAUCCCUUUUGCCUUCGUCCGAUUUGAAGAUCCACGGGAUGCAGAUGAUGCUGUCUACGGAAGAAAUGGAUAUGGAUAUGGAGACUCCAAGCUGCGUGUGGAGUAUCCUAGAUCCUCUGGUGCUAAAUUUGGUCCAAUGGGAGGUGGUGGUGGUGAAGGAGGAGGAGGACGUGGAGGAGGAGGAGGAGGAGGAGGACCUAGGGGAAGAUUUGGACCCCCAACCCGAAGAUCUGAAUUCCGGGUCAUAGUGACUGGGUUACCACCAACUGGGAGCUGGCAGGAUCUGAAGGAUCAUAUGCGUGAGGCAGGAGAUGUUUGUUUUGCAGAUGUGCAGCGUGAUGGAGAGGGCGUGGUGGAAUUUCUCCGUAGAGAGGACAUGGAGUACGCGUUACGCAGACUGGAUCGAACAGAGUUCCGCUCUCAUCAAGGUGAGACUGCUUACAUCCGCGUCUAUGAGGAGAGGGGCACUCCCAACUGGAAUCGGUCGCGUUCCCGCUCCAGAUCCAGAGGUCGCUAUUCACCUCCCUACCAUAACAGAGGAUCCCCGCCUCCACGCUACCAGUCGCCUCCCCGUCAUACUAUGUCGCGCCAUAGUCCACCCCCCAGGAGGCACCCUCCACAGCACCAUAGCCCCCCGCCACGUCAUUACCGGUAGAAUAGCCCACCAGUUAUAGAGGAUUUGGGGAAAAUGUUUUGUUAUUCUACUUUCUUUUUUUUUUUUUUUUUUUUUUUUUAACCCCAGGCCUCUUUGUAGGAUAGAUCAUUGUUAUUUCUUGCUACAUACAUUCCAUGGUCAUGAUCACCUGAACAACCCCUGCUCCUCCCCACGGCCUUAAAGAUUUCUUUCUUUGUAACACCCAUAUGUGUUGUCAGGAUUUUAAUUAUUUUUUUGAAGUGAGGUAAUUGGAUUUGAUUAUCAUAUAACAAAUUGGAGGUUUCUUUUAUAAAGAAAUCGUGGGUUGUGAAUGAUGUCAUACCUUGACAGGAAUUGCAAUGGUUAUUGUCCAAAACUAAUUAUUUACACAAUUCUGCAGCUAUCAAUCUAUGGUCAAACUGCUUCUUAAAUCUUGACAUGAUUUUCCCUAUUGUGUGUCGCAUUUCUGUAGCUUUAAGUAUGAAGUUUUUGCCAAUCUAAGAACCUGUGAAGCUAAUCAAUAUCCUACUAUGAUUUAAAACAUGUAAAAUUAGUGAGCCUUUUAGAGUAGUGACACAAGUUGACUGUGAGCCUCGCCUGUCAGAUUAUAUUUUUAAUGUGUGAACCUCUGACCGAGGUGGCCUGUAGGUGGACUAUAAUUUGUAUGCAUCUCUGUUGUUUUUUUCUUUACCAAUAAAUGCAAACUUUUA